AAUUAGGCCACCAUGCCUGCUAACGUAGAUCUUCGUCAGGCAGAAAGUGACCGACAGAACCAGCUGAUCUAAACUGGCUGCUUGUUUUAACGCUGAGCAGGAGAAUAUUUUCUCUGCAGCUGCACAGAUCAACCCAGGACACUAAUGAAAUCAGCAGCAGGUGGGGGUGGGGCUUCAGCGAGUCAUCAUCAGAACAUCAGAAGGAACCAGAUGAGUCCAACGUUCAGAACCUGCAGCCUGGUGGACAAGCUGAGCUGGUCCAGCGCCUUCAGCAUGCAGACAGCUGGCAGCCUGUAGGAACCAAACCACAGGAACCGAACUGGACUACAGGAACCGAACUGGACCACAGGAACCGAACUGAACUACAGGAACCGGACUGAACUACAGGAACCGGACUGAACUACAGGAACCGGACUGAACUACAGGAACCGGACUGAACUACAGGAACUGGACUGAACUACAGGAACCGGACUGAACUACAGGAACCGGACUGAACUACAGGAACUGGACUGAACUACAGGAACCGGACUGAUCCGAAUUGCAGGAAAAGUUUUCAUCCCCCCUCCAUGAUGCCCCACCUUCUGCUUCUCCUGUGUUUCCCUCCAGCUGUGGCCUGCUGUCCUCCAGUCUCCCUGUUCUGCUACACCUGCGUGUUUCCGGCCGUCUCUCCUCUGGACUGCAUCCGCUUCCCGCUGAAGUGUCCGCCGGGGCAGCUGUGCCUGUCCAGCCGGGCCGUGGGGCAGAAAGGUGACCUGCGGGUGGUGCUGUACGAGAAGAGCUGCGUCCUGCCUGCGCUGUGCGGAGUCACUGGGGAGAAGUUCGCUCUGGGUCUCAACUUCACCUUCAUCAACGAAUGCUGCAACACACACCUGUGCAACGCGGCCGGCCCCCCCACAGGGCCCCCACUCUGGACGGCCCUGCUGCCCCUGCUGGCUCUGGGCUGCGCACGGUGAACAGAGGAACAUGAACGCAUCAUGGAUCCUAACAGGGAGUGAAAACUUCUGAUUCCAGAUACAACAGAGUUUUAAAGUAAAACUAAAACUAAUCUCUGAAUUAAAUUCGUCCGGAUUCUUACAGCAGAAACUUCAGAAAUUAUUCCAACCAGCUGAACCUUUCCUGAUUGGUAUUUUAUUCAGAUUUAUGAGCAAUACAAAGUCAAGCAGGAUGUCUGAACUGCAGGGAAACAGAAAUUCUCCUUGGAGCCGAAAUAUUAAAACUGGUCUGAUGAAAGAACAUUUUGUUCCUGAAAUGUGAUUAAAUGCUUCUGAUAAAUGAUUUAGAGUCUGAGGCUGGAUGAAUGCUGGAAUGUUACCAUGAUGCUUAACUGUCCCAGAAAAAUGGUUUGGAUCCAACAUUCAUGCAACAAUUAUAUCAGUUACUUUUUGUAUUUUCAGUUUUGGAUCAAAUUCAACAUGAAAUAAUCUCAGUAAAACAUAAAUAACAGUAAAUCAAAGAGAAUUUGCACAUUUUAGUUGGACUUUGAUAAAUUCAUGCGGAGUUCAGCACCAGACUGGACUUUUUACUGAAAGUGUAACUAACCAAGCUGGACCUUUAGAACCGACAGGAACAUCCAACUGCAGUAGCAACACUGCAGCCCUAGAGGGCAGCACUGACACGGUGUUAGGUCAAAUAUUACAGAAAUAGUCUGAAAAGUCUCAAAAGCUUUUUAUGUUUUUAUGUUAUGUACAAAAAGACAUCAGCAAA